AUGAAAGCGUUAUCACUACCCCGUUUAGAGUUAUGUGGAGCCGUUUUGUUAACAAAAUUGAUGAAUCGAGUAUUAGCUAGUCUGAAGUUAGAAAUAGCACAAAAGGUUUACUGGACGGACUCUAAAAUCGUAUUAGCUUGGAUAAACUCCUUCUCUAGAAAAUGGCAUUUAUUUGUCGCGAACCGAGUAAGCGAAAUACACAAUGAUUCCACACCUUCCGAAUGGAAUCACGUAGGAACUAAAGACAACCCUGCGGACCUAGUAUCGAGGGGUACAACACCAGAGCAAUUGGUGAAUUCUAACAUUUGGUGGAAUGGACCCCAGUGGUUGAAGCAAGAGACUGAUGAAUGGCCCGGGGAAGGUGUCGAAUUAUUAACGAACGUACCUGAAGAACGAAAACAAACGGUGACGACAGUAGUUACUAAUUGCGAUACUGUUAUUGAAUAUAAGAGAUUUUCGUCAUUAUAUAAGUUGUUACGAGUAGCAGCGUACAUGUUAAGAACGUACAACAUGUUAAGAAUUAUUAGCAAUAAUAGGAGUAAUAAAGAAAAUCGCAGGAUGAGCGCGAUAAGUGCGGAGGAAAUUAAAAUAGCUAAGGUAAAGGUAAUUAUGUUAGUGCAAUCCGAAAGUUUUUCAGACGAAAUAAAAAUAUUAAAAUCAAGCAAGAGAGUGCAAAGAAGUUCAAGACUAAUAGCCCUUUUACCUUUUCUUGAUAACGGAAUAUUAAGAGGGGGAGGAAGACUGAAACACGCGGUUCUACCGGAAGAGGUUAAACAUCCUACAAUACUACCAUCGCAUCACUAUUUCACAAGGCUGGUGAUUAUACACUACCAUGAGAAGUUGCUUCAUGCCGGAGUCCAGACUACAUUAAGCAAUAUUAGAGAAGAAUUUUGGCCAAUAUUUGCAAGAAGUAGAGUAAAAGAGAUACUACACAAAUGUAUCAAGUGCCGAAAGGCAAAUCCCAAGGCCAGUUGGCAACUCAUGGGACAAUUAUCGAUGGCCCGAGUCAGCGCAGCACGACCCUUUCACAAUACAGGAGUUGAUUACUGUGGCCCUUUCUAUAUUCGGGACCGCAUUAGGCGCAACAGUAAGAAAUAUAAAGCUUACGCAACCUUUAUAUGUAUGUCUGUAAAGGCAGUACACGUUGAAUUAGUAGAGGAUUUGAGUGCUGAUUCAUUCAUCGCAGCGGUGAAGAGACUUAUAGCUCGGAAAGGAAAAGUUGGGAACCUGUACUCCGACAAUGGAACUAACUUCGUCGGGGCAGAACGCGUAUUACGACAAGUAUUCGAGACUAAAGAAUUUAAGGAUUCCGUCCAAGAGUUUGCAACUUCCGAACAAAUAAAUUGGCAUUUUAUACCUGCUAGAUCCCCUCAUUUCGAAAAUGGCCAGGAGUCAAGGCACUUAGGUCAUUCGGAUCGUCCGAUAAAGGUAUCGGAUGAUCCGAAUGACCUAAGUGCCUUGACUCCUGGCCAUUUUCUAAUCGGAGAAUGUCUACAAAGCCAUCCUGAAGUGGGUCUGAAGGAAAUUCCAGUGAACAGAUUAUCAAGAUGGCAACACGUCCAGCAGCUCAAACAACGGUUUUGGACUAGAUGGCAGAAGGAGUAUUUAAGCACAUGUCAACAGAGAACCAAGUGGAAAACUGACUCCAGGAAUGUAUUCAAGGUUGGACAAUUAGUUAUGUUGAAGGAGGGUGAAAGUAACCCUCUGAAGUGGAAACUCGCCCGAAUUCUGGAAAUACACCCUGGUACAGAUGAAAUCGUAAGAGCUGUGACUGUAAAAACUGAACAAGGCAUAUAUAAAAGAGCUAUUGUUAAUGUGACGCCGAUCACGGAGUAA